AUGAUGCAGCUCGGUGUCUUGAUGAAACCAAAUUGAAAAUUAUUCUCAUCAUUCAAUUGUGCUGUGGCCUAUCUACGGCGGGGAAUCUCGCAUGAGCUCCUGGAGCUAAAGGCAGAAGAUUUCUCAAAUAAAGGGAACAGUUAACCCGGGCUGCUCGACGACUACAUAUUGCGCUGCUCGCUUGGGGAUAUGCUACCGGGAAAAGAGUUGAAUCUCGAGUGCUGACAAUUGAAAUUGAAAUUGUUUGCUUUUUUGUGCAGGAAAAUAAACGGAUGGAAAGUGCACCGAAGGAAUAACCGAAGAAAAGAAAGCGUUGGUGAGUGUCAACCCCCGUCUGCCGCUAACGGACGGAGGAGUUUGUGAAGUGAUAUCACAUCCGUCGCCGCAGUGCCCCGUUCCUGAUAACACGGUGAGAACGCAGAGUUGAUAUUAAUGGGAAGAUAAAAGAGUGCGAUAAGGUGGUGGAGCAAAAAAAAAAGUGUCGUUGACAAGUGCCGACUACAAGAAGACGCGUGGUGAAGAAGUCAAGAGUUUGCACCGCAAGCAAGUUACCCCCUUUAGGGUAGUGCGUUUACCAAGCAGCUAAGUAGGGGAAGAAUAGCACUUGUGAAUGUCUCGUCAGCAUCAACGGUGACGACGAGGAAGUGUUUGAGUAUUGUUGCAGUGAAUUCGUGUGGAAAAUAUCCCAUCUUGUCGGCAGGGGAUUACUUCCGGUCAUAAUUCCCCUUUGUACUCCAGUGCUUUGCAAGCCACACCCAGACCAGUGUCGAAGAGAGUGUUGAAAAGCAAACAGAGCUCGGUCCCGUUGGUAGGAGGAAAGUUUGCAACGAGAAUAUCUUGGGAGGAAGCUGCUGACCGACACCCUGAACCGGACCAUAUUGUUGCUGUAUUGUUAUAAUCGCUCUGUGGGAGACCCACACGACCCAUCGUUGCCAUCGUCGUCGUCACCGUCAUCGUGUUGCAGACACAAAACGAACUAGCAAUAGUUCAGAAGCUCGGUCUCAACCAACCUCAAACUAGUCAAUUACCAAAGAAUGCACCAAACCCAUCAUGUCGCUGCCUCAGGUCCUUGCCGAACGUCAGUCAUUGCCAUCGCAGUUGCCGUCAUCAGUAUUCUCGCACUUCCGCACACGGCAUCGGCCAUCCCAACGAUCUCCGAAUCGCCCAAGGAAGGAAUAGUGUAUCAAAAAUGCACCGGUCCGGCGGAUCCGGGUCCCUGCCAGGGCGUCCAGAAUCGAUACCGAUUCGAUCAGACAGCCAACAAUUGCACCCAGUUCACCUGGGGCGGCUGCGGAGGCAAUCUGCAGAACAAUUUCGAAACGUACGAGGUCUGCAUGCAGCAGUGCACUAAUGAGACACAAACGCAGCCUCCGGUGCAGCAGCUAACAACGACCGACAGCCCGUCCACAACGGUGCAAACCCAGACGCAGGAAGUUCUGUCGCAGCGAUACUCAUCGAGCAGCACGCUGGCGCCGGUACCGGACGAACUACGGGGCUCGGAGCUCACGUUCAAGGAGACCGGCUACGAGAAAACGUUCAUGUUCGCCAAGAACAACACGUUCAUCCAGAUGGACGGCGAAACAAUACAAACAUUUCAAUUAAGAUUAUGCCGUGAAAUAUCAUUCCAAUUCCGCACCCGACUGCCGCACGGACUGCUGGUGUAUCACAACGUGAAGACCCCGGCCGGUGUCAAGCUCGACCCGUACGCGCUCUACGUCAUCGUGGAGAAGGGCCAGCUGAAGGUGGUGCACGUGUUUGGCAACCACUCGACCAGCGUGACUGUCGGCGAGGGCCUCAACCGGGACGAGUGGCACAGCGUUAUGGUGCGGAUAGACGUGCACGGGGCCCGGUUGAUAGCUCGAGUUGAUGACCACAAGGAAGAAGUCUACCUGAAAGGACUAAAUCACGAAACCAACUACGGCGUCUCGAUUAACCUGAUGUCGGUGGUGCUGGUGGGAGGCCUCAGCUCCGAGGAAAAACUACACGGUGUCAAAUACAUAAUUGAGUCAUUUGUUGGCUGCAUCCGAAACGUGGUCCUCAGCUCGGGUAAAGCGGCAUCGGAUCUGCUGCCAAUCACGCCCCUCAUCGCCACCAAACACGAGAACGUGAAGGAAGGCUGUCGCAACAAAUGCCACUCUCGGCAAAACCUCUGUUUCCCGGGGUCCCGUUGCGUUAACCACUACUACGACAUUUCGUGCGACUGCUUCGGGACAAAGUACGAGGGCGAACACUGUGAUAUCUAUACCGCAACAGUAUUAACGCUGCGAGGUUCGAGCUACGUUUCCUAUCGGAUCUAUGACUGGAAGGACCGCGUGCACUCGCCCGUAACCCGCAUCAGCCUGAUGUUCAAAACGAACUACGAUGACUCGGCUCUGUUUUACGCCAGCGGGGAAUCCCUCAAACCGCAGUAUAUUGCAGCCUCCAUCAAAAACCACUCGGCCUACAUCGAGAUGGAUUUCGGUGAUGGCGUCAUGACGGCCAUGCUCGGCCAGGACCUCACCAAGCACUAUUGGCACAAUCUGACAAUUUUCCACGACAACAACCAAGUGACAGCCAUUUUGGACGACCACAUGAAGAUCAUCGAAAUACCCGGCGCCAUUCACAAUCUUCUGUUCGAUCCGGAAAUCUACUUCGGCGGUGGCCCAAACCUAUCGAAACGGAAGGGUCUCGCCUCAAACAACAAUUUUGUCGGUUCGUUAAAGUACGUUUUCUACAACGACGUGUCGGUGCUGUUCGAGCUGAAGAAGGCCAACCCCAAGCUGCACUACAUCGGAGUGCUGGAGGAGGAAUUCCGCGAAAUCGAAGUCGACGUCAUACCAAUCACGUUUUCGUACGCCAAGUCGCACAUUUGGUGGCCGCUGAGCACCAAAGACACGCUGAAUCUCAAGUUUGACUUCAAGAGCAGCAAAUCGUCGGCGGUGUUGGCGUACAGCGAGGUGAAAACCGAUGACGCCACCGGUUAUUGGGAGAUUCGCCUCUCGACAGACCGGCUCAGCUUCGACCUGAACCCGGACAUAAACAGCAACAUCACCCACAACACCUACAUUAAGAUCGACAAUCCGACGUCGUGGCAUGCGAUUCAACUGACCUACGCCCAGGGCAAAAUAACGUUUGUUGUCGACUUUCGGCAUUCUAUCACCCAGCUGUACGGGCUGUCGUUCAACGUCGGCGAUAAGCUCAUCAUCGGAAGCAGCCUGAAGGCAGCCGCGUCCGGUCUGGUCGGAUGCUUGCGAGAUUUGAAAAUUAAUGGUGUGGAAAUCGAGCCGCGCUUCCUGGUGAAAAGCGAACGGGUGGUGGGAGACGUGUCGCUGGACAACUGCAAGUACGUUGAUCCCUGCAAGAAGCCCAAUACGUGCGAGCACGGCGGCAAGUGUUCGGUCAAAGACGACAGCACGACGUGCGACUGCAAGGACACCGGAUAUAUUGGCAAGAACUGUCACUUCACCCGAUACCGCAAGACGUGCGAAGAGCUUGCCUUGCUGGGCUUCUCCAAGUCGGAUGUCUACUCGAUUGACAUCGACGGCAACGGGGUGUUUCCGCCGGCAAGGGUUAAGUGCGACUUCCAAAGCCUGACGAAUGCGACGAAGACGAUUGUGGAGCAUAAUUUACCGUCGCAGGUAGAUGUGCGGUCAUUCAACGACGAGGAUUUCAGCUUCCAGAUCCAGUACCGAGAGUUCAAUGCCGAGAUGCUGCAGGAGCUGAUUUCGCAUUCCCUUUACUGCACUCAGUACAUCAAGUACGAUUGCAUUCAAGCGCCACUGGAUUUGCACUCGGCCACGUGGUUCAAGUCGUCCUUCAACAACAUCACAGUUGAUUCGCUCGGAGAGGUUAAGCGAGGCACUUGCCCCUGCUCGGUGGGACAGAGCUGUAUUGACUCAAGUGCGACAUGUAAUUGCGACGCACAUUCCGACAAAUGGCAAUCGGACGAGGGAUACUUCAGAGAACCGACGAAUCUUGGUAUUACGCAGAUGUACUUUUUGCAGCAGAAGGAGAUUCUUAACGACAAAUCGCAGGGUCGUAUUACGCUGGGACCACUUGAGUGCGUGGAAACAAACACCCAAAAGUACGUCGUCACCUUCACCACGUCGCAAUCCUUCAUCGAGGUUCCCGGAUGGCGAAAGGGAGACAUAGCCUUCUCGUUCCGAACCACUGGCGAAAAGGCCAUUCUCCUGUUCCAACCACCGAUUCGGUCCAACUUCCCGUCCUUCAUGGUGGCCCUCACCGGAGACUAUCAGCUCACGUUCAACUUCACCCUAAACACCGGUACUCCAAAAACUCUGACGAUCAACACAAACCGAAAACUGAACGGAGGCGAGUGGCAUAAGAUCUGGAUCGAUUACAACGAGCACCACGUCCGAUUUAUGAUCAACACCGAUACGCGGAUGGUGGAUCUGCAACCGGAGGAAGAGUUUGGGCCUUUCGAAGGUAGCAUGUUUAUUGGAGGAGCACCAACCGAAAUCUCCAAGAAGUACACCGUCAAGCAAGGUCUGAUUGGAUGCUUCCGUGGUCUGGUGGUCAACGGGGAAAUUCUCGACAUCUACAGUUUCAUGUCGGUUCACCUGUCGGAAAUCAUCAAAGACUGCCGGCCGUCGUGCGUUCCGAAUCCCUGCAAGAGUGGAGCCUACUGUCGAGAGCUCUGGAGCUCGUUCGAGUGUGUCUGCAAAAAUCGAUGGGCCCAUUUAGGACAACACUGCGAAACGAACAUCAAUGAAGAUGCACUGACGUUCACCAGCCGCGAGUCCUACCUGAAGCGGAACUACAUCAGCGACGCCGAGGACAAACGGGAGGAGCGCGAAAAGCUUCGCAGCAUAUUAAAUUCCUCGCUGCUAAUAAAUCUCCGCACCUACGAUAGGCAUUCGUUCGUGCUGUACGCGAACGAUCACUUCAACAAUUUCAUCCAGAUAUACCUGACGAACGGCAACCAGAUGGUGUAUCUCUACAACUACGGCAACGAUAUCGUCAAUCUAACGCUGGAGCACGACGGGCUGAACAAUGCCCGCAGCAUCCAGGUGGCCGUCAUCCGGACCGAGACCAAUACGACGCUGUUUGUCAACGAGAAAAACGUCACCGUGGAGCGGGGCCACCUUCUGCUGGAGGAGUAUUCCAACAAACCGUGGAAUAAUCCGGAGCUGGAGGUCCUCUCGCCCCAUCGACCCCCGGCUCCACCCACGGAAUAUUUCCAGUUCAACAUCGGCGGGUACGAUCCGGCGAAUCUGCUCAAACCCAACACCGACACCGAGGACCUGCAGGGCUACAUCGGGUGCAUUCGAGGCCUCAAGGUGGGCGAUAAUUUGAUUUCACUGAAAGAGAUGGCACGGCAGAACAAUGCCCACGUCAAGGAUGGAGUGCAGGACGAUUGCCAGAUGAAGUGCGACGCGGAGCCGUGCAAGAAUGGUGGAAUCUGUACGGAGAAUUUUGCCAAACAGGAAAGCUCCUGCAAUUGUGAGCAUACAAGCUUUUUGGGUGAGUUCUGUUCGGAGGAAAAAGGGGCCAGCUUCAGCGGGGAGGCAACCCUGCUGAGAAAGUUUGCUCUGGCGGAAAAGAUUGAACGGGUUCAGCUGCAGUUGGCGUUUUCCAGCAACGAUAUGAGACGAGCGAAUCGAGUGAUGUUGCUACUGCAGUCGAAGAAUGACCGAAGCUACUAUCUGAUGGUGGCCAUCAAUGCGGAGAAUCAUCUGGUCAUUGAGGAAGAUCGCGAAGGCACAACUUACGAGGCGAUUAUCGGGCAGAACUUCAUGGAUGACUCGCGGCAUUCCAUAUUUUACUCCAGACGCGGCGAGGAGAGUUCUUUGCUGGUGGAUCGCAAAACGUAUCCGAUGAAGCUGGUACAAAGUAAAUCGCUAAUUCCGGUGCCAGAGGCAGGAGAGAAUCAUGUGCAGGUCGGUGGCGUCAAUACGACGGAUUUGCGAUUUGCUGUGUACAAAAGCUACGAUGGAUGUUUGUCAAACAUUUUCAUCCAGGUGAACAAUGACACCAUGAAACCGUUGGAGGAGUACAUGCUGUUUACGAAGUCCCAUGUGGAUUUGAUCCAUGUCAUCAAUUCCCAGGGCGUUCGCUCGGCCCAAUGUAAGCAGUUCGACGUCAUACAGAAGCUACCCCUCAGCGAACCUGCCCUUAAUAUGUCCUCGGGCUCGGAUAAAAACUGGGUCGUGGAUGCUCCGAGCCGGAUAGCGUACGAGGCCAUCCAUCCGGACCCAUCGGACGAGGAGGACAAAACUCAGGUGGUGUUCAUCACGUUGACCGCGGUUUUCGUGGUGAUUGUCGUGUGCUGUCUGAUUGAGGUGUACCGCUCGGAUCGGGAGUACAAGAAGCGGCAGGAGCGCAAAACGGACGAGGACAUCAUUCUGUCCAAGGAACAGGCGACGGCUAAGAUGCAUUACGAGGCGGCGGCAGUGGCCAACAAUGCCGGAAAAGGGUACAAUUAUAAGGCGAUUCCACUCGAAGAGAAAAAGGAAAAUGGAACUGCCAAACCUUUGGUCGGAAUCCUGAAAAAUGGUAAUGUAACCCCUCCCAUUAACGGAGAUGCCACUGGUCAUAAAACACCCGAAGCUAUUCUCAAGGAAAAUGACUUACAGCUUCUGGCUGGCAUCCGAGAUAGUCAACUAAUGGACCACGAACCCAUGUGGGAAUCGUUGGCCGCCGAGGAGACGCAAACUCUCAUGAAGGAGUUCCCCAAUGGAAUCGACGGGAACCGUCCCGGUUCCCUCCACGGAAGCUCGCCGCUUCUGGCGAACGGUAAUAGCAACCACGGGGUAAACUCUCACCACCAGUCCGAUCGGGACACGGACAGCGAUAACGAACUGACCGAUCCCCCGGAAACACUAGAACCAAAUUUGGUUGACGUAGAUACCGUAGAUGCGCUGACUGAACCCGACGAUCUGUCGCAAUAUAAAUAUCAGCAUAAUAUUGCAGAUGAAACAAUCCCCGAAGUAGAGGAACCACCGUCGGACACGUCAGUAGAACCAGAAGUCGUAGAUCCAGCCGUAGAAGAUGCUACAGCCCAAGAGGCCGUAACCAAUGGGCUGCCAAAGGAACCCCGGGUGCCGGACAAUAUAGUCAUGCGAGUCAAGUAUCGGAAACUGCCACCGGUAUUUCUGGAUGCCGACAAGCGACAGUUUGGGAACCCGAUUAGCUAUCUUGGUGGUCCACGACUCGAUAAUAGGGCUUCGCUAGCGUCGCUUCGUUCCAGCCGGGGCGGUAGUUUGACCAGCUUGGACUCGUUGAUGUCUCUAGACUAGUGCUUCGCGAGAUGUGCAAUAAAUUAGAAUCAA